ACGCAUGAGAGGCAGGGAGAGAGAGAGACUGUUUAAACGCCAAUGCCAGUAUACGAUUCCUUGUCAGUCCACACACGCUGAUAUGAGCAACGCCAAGGAUUCCAUUCAUCAACUAGGCUUCACCCCGGUGGAUAUACACUGAUACAGCCGACUACAUAUCAUCUACUUCAUUCUCACUCACACUGUUGCAGGUUGAGCAGGAAUUGCAUACACUAUUUUUCGUGGAUGGUAAUGCGGUACAUUCUCAUGGAUUUCCAAUGUUAUAGUGAUUGGACUCAACCCAGGGAAAAGUAAAGGAAGGCGCCCAGGUGUAGCAGCGGAGCCUGCGUUGGACAUGGGACCGUAUCUUAGCUUUUGGGAUUACAGUGCGGAAGGAAUAGCGUCUUCGUGAAUGAAAGCUGACUUCGGGCUGAAGCGGGAAUCUGAGGCACUAAACUCCGCAGAAAAAUGCGUUCCAACCACGGCUUUAUCUUGCUUCUCCUUAACGGAACAGCGUGCUUGCUGGCCCUGGGUCAAGAAGAUGACUCUCCAAGCCCCAAGAGCUCCUCAGCAGACGGGUCGUCCUCUAAGACGGUGGGUCUCCUGGGGAGUCAGACUCCCCUUUCCCCCCUGAGUCGCUGGAUGCUCCAGAGUAAAAGUCGGGCAGCCAAUGCCACCUCCCUGGAGCUGCCCUACCGCUCACCCAUUCCCUUCUCCAAGCAGGAGUUCUGGGAGAUGCUGGGUAGUGACCUGAUGAAGCCAGACACCUCCUCUUCCUCCCGCGUCAAACGCCGGCCCAUCGUCAAGACGGGCAAGUUCAAGAAGAUGUUUGGCUGGGGAGACUUUUACUCUAAUAUCAAGACGGUGCGUCUCAACCUGCUGAUUACCGGCAAGAUCGUAGACCAUGGCAACGGAACGUUCAGCGUCUACUUCCGCCACAAUUCCACGGGCCAGGGCAACAUCUCAGUCAGCCUGGUGCCGCCGGUCAAGGCGGUGGAGUUUGACCUGGAGCGCCAGAGCGUGGUCUACCCCAAAGACUCUAAGAUCUUCAACUGCCGCGUGGACUAUGAGAAGGUGGACCGCAGCAAGCGCACGUCGCUGUGCAACUACGACCCGUCCAAGACCUGCUUCCAGGAGCAGACACAGAGCCAUGUCUCCUGGAUCUGUUCCAAGCCCUUCAAGGUCAUCUGUAUCUACAUCUCCUUCUACAGUACAGACUACCGCCUGGUCCAGAAGGUCUGCCCGGACUACAACUACCACAACGAGAUGCCCUACCUGCCCUCGGGCUAGAGGGGGACACACAGGAGGGGGAGAGGAGGGACGAGGGCAGGAGUGACUCUGUAGGGUGAGGGGCCACCAGAUUGAGCUGGAUUAAACUUUUUAUGUAAUUUGCUGCAACACCUCACCAGACAACCCCUCGCUGUAGCCAGACUACUGUACCCUGUAAAAACGUAUAUAUGCAACAAAUACAGUAUGCACACAGUGAGGCAUUGAUAUUUAGUGCUGUCAUGAAGCAUUCAUCGACAGGAACAGUAGUAACUAGCACGCCCAACAUCAUCACACACGUUUACCUCAACUCAAACCUCUAAUUUCGCUACCUACUUUGCUAAAUACAGAAAACACCUACAAACAUCUAUGAAUGUUUUCGUGAACACUGUCAUUCAGGUGAGGUAGCACUCUACUUUCAAAAGGGCACUUUCCAUUUCUUUCCCAAUGCUCCCAUAUCCCACGCCAACCCUCUCUCCCCACGCCUAUCCUAUGUCAUCCCGAUAGGCUAUCCCACGCCAACCCUCUCUCUCCCCACGCCUAUCCUAUGUCAUCCCGAUAGGCUAUCCCACACCAACCCUCUCUCUCCCCACGCCUAUCCUAUGUCAUCCCGAUAGGCUAUCCCACGCCAACCCUCUCUCUCCCCACCUCUAUCCUAUGUCAUCCCGAUAGGCUAUCCCACCCAAUGUUUAUUCUAAAGGUAUGACAUUCUAUCAAACAUCAUCUCUAUCUUUCCCUGAAUUAUGUAACCUCUAUGACAUAGAAAAGAGAGAUUGAGAGAGUGUGAAAGAAAGAAAAAAAAGAAAGAGAAAGAAAGAAAGAGAGAGAGAGAGCAAAGAGAGAAAGCAAAAGCAAUCGCCAGACAAAAAUAUGGGACAGGGCUUAAGUUCAACGUGAGAGAAAUAACUUGAUUCUGCAUAGAGAUAGGCACUUGCCUCUCCACACAUGAUAGAGAGGGAAGGGGGAGAGAGAGAGAGCGAGAGUGAGCACGAAAGUGGGAGAGGGGGAGAAAUGAGAGAUUCAGAGAGCUCUUUUAAUUAAAGUGGAGAGAGAAGGCGAUGUAGAGUAUUCAGCUCCUUCUAUUGUCCCCUCUGUAUGAAAAAGAUUACAUUUUGUUGCAGUCAGGAUUCCUGAUUUCAAGCUUUGAUAACUUCGGCUGUGUGUGGGAGAUUUCUCUUUCCUGACAAACGCUGUGUGUUCACUAAAGUCUGAUCAUUAUCUGGAAUAAAUUAAAAUAAAACUAAUUAAGGCUUCACCGAGAGAGGGCGAAAUGUAUUCCUGGAAAUCAAGUUAGGAUUAUUAGGAUGCGAGCGAGGAGCACAGCGAGGGGUAUAGUGGAUAGUUGUGUUAUGGCUCCCUGGCCCAGCAGCUUGGCCCUCAGUUAACAGCUCUCUCAUCAAGAUGAACAGCCACUGGCUGGCUGAACUCAUGUCCAUUUCACAAACAACAACACUAGACAAAAUACUGUAUACAUCUCAUUUAGGGACAACUGAUUCUGUACUGACAAUAUGGGCUGUUUGGAAAUUGACUCAUAGCACCUAUAUAGACUACGUGAUGAUUUCCUGACUAUGAAUUUUCCAAUGGCAGGUGUCAAACUUUGAACACUGAAUGCAUAAUAUAUGGUAUUACUAAUGUAUUUGUAAAAAGGAAAAACCUCAAUAUAACAGAAGUGAUUGAACCCCAUGGCCUUUGGCCUUUGGCACUGCUGUGCUCUGAUUGGUCUGGAGGGAGCUUAGUGGGGUUUCUGUAGCACUGAGGCCUGGGAGGCCAGUGUGUGACUUGGAUCAGGAACCACUCACUAUAAAGUCCUCCUCCUGUGGGGGGUACGGGAGCAUCACAUCAGGUAGAGAUGGAGCAAUUUGACUGUAGGUAGAAUAGAAGAGAGAGAGAAUAAAAGAGAGAAAGGCUCACUCACAAGGCUAUAUAUGGGAAGUACUGUAAGUGAGAUCUGAACAUCAAAGUGUCUGGGUGUUUAAUUUACUGUUAAAGAGUUGGGUAGCCCCUGUCUUUAUGAGGCCAUAACCACAACAUCUCUGUUAGGCUGCUGCCGUUGCUGCCUCUCUCAGGCUGCCUCUCCCUGCUGCCGUUGCUGCCUCUCUCAGGCUGCCUCUCUCUGCUGCCGUUGCUGCCUCUCUCAGGCUGCCUCUCUCUGCUGCCGUUGCUGCCUCUCUCAGACUGCCUCUCUCUGCUGCCGUUGCUGCCUCUCUCAGACUGCCUGUCUCUGCUGCUGCUACAACAGCCCUGCAGGGUCCAGCAGGGAACAUUAACCACUAACAUCACAAAGACUAAAUUAUCUUCUAAGAUAUUACUGUUUAUUCAGACGCAUAAACCCCAAUCUACACUUCAGACCCCUGAUGCUUACUGGUGAUUUGGUUUUCCUCUGAGCAAAUGUUUUACUUGAAAAGACAAUAUGCAGUGGUUUGUCUGUGGUGGUUCUCCCUUGUCGAGAUGCUGGUAAAAUAGAUCUGUCUGGUUUAUCACUAGUGUCACAGUCAAUCCUCAUAGUCACACCUGCUGUGUUUAAAUGCACACUAAUAAUCUGGAAUUAGUCAGAAUUCAAUGAGUCUGAAUUAAACAAGUAAACACCCAUAUUGGACAAGAAGAGUCCAGUAAUCCGAAUGAGCUCAUUUCAAGUGAAACGAGUGUACAAUACUAUUUUCCUAAACAAUUUGUUUGGGAUUUAUUAAGUCAGUAUUUGGCAUGUAAACAUUACAUUCAGAUUACUGUUGUUUGCAUGACAGCUUUCUGGUGAAUAUUUGCAAUUGUUAAGAGGCAGUUUUGGACCUCUUAGGAACAAAUUAAACAUGAAAGGAAGCGAUUGAAGACAAAAAAUUAUGUAAUGCUCUGCAUUAGUUGUUGGUGCUUGCAACCUUUUGGGAAAAUGUGCCUCAUGCAACCAUCAAUGGAAUAUCAUUAUACAGUAGUAAGCAUGCAAACAGUAGACAGUAUUCAGAACAUAUUAGAGUCCAAGUGCAGUUGAUUUGUUUGUUUAUUAUGAUCCCCAGUAGCUUUUGCAGAAGCAGCAGCUACUCUUCCUGGGGUCCACAGAGUUCAUCUGAAUACCCAGAUACUCCAACAGAAUUGUGCAUGUAAGCAUAGUACCUUCCCUGUCUCACAGUAAACUGAUGCAAGUACUGCCUGGCAAGACCCUGUCCCUCUCCCUCUCAGAGUUGGCAUGCAGGGAAGUAUAGCCUCAUGUCGCAGUUUGUAAUGUUGGGAUUUACCAACUAGUGUGUGGAAGUCUGCCAUUGGCCUAAACUCAUCCCACUCCUCUUCCUACUCCUCUCUGCCCAUCUGGGCUCUCUUUUCCCCUACCCACAACAUGCCCUCCUAUCCUCUCUGUGUCUCUCCUCUCACUGUGACCAGCUCCCCUAACCUCCAUGCCCCCAUGUUCUUGUGUCGGGGCUACCUCCCCUGCCCUGGCGCUGAACCACUGUGGGCAGGUCCUCAUCCAUCUCUCUUUCUCUCCCUCUAUCCCCGCCCGCCAGAGUCCAGCUCGGAGCUCAUCUGGCUAAUCUCUCGGCUUAACAGUGAGGCCAACUGAACCCUCACAGUGAGAUCACACACAAUUGCCGCCCCCCCCCCUCUCCAUUUAAAGUAUUUUACGUCAGCCUCCUUCCAAUCUGUCAGGUUAAAGACAAGAAGACUUCCUGGAAAACAGGCUUAGGCCUAGAGGUGUGCCAACCUGCCUAACCUACUGACGCCCCACUCACCUCCAUCCCUCCACCAGCCCUGUAACAUCUGGAUAAGACAUCUGGACUUUCAGAGGAGACAUGGAGUAAAACACCUUGAGGUGGAGCCACACCCCCUCCUGACAACUAGAAAACUAACAGAGACACUGCUGGACUGUUAUGACUGCUGGGUCACAUGUACCGCCUCUCUACCUUCCCCAGUCCCUCGCUCCAAUCCUCACCCCAUCCUCGCAAAUGAACAGCAAUAUAUCACUGAGACUCCAGCAUGCUCCUCUAUGGCUGCUCAAACAUAGGGUGCUGCUGGUUGGAAGAAGAGAGAAUGUUGCUGUAGGAUGGCCAGUGUUGUUAUGGUGACAGUCUUAUUGUUGUCCAAUGGAGUGCCAACAGACUUGUGGACAGUUGGCCUUCCAUAGGCCACAGGGCAAUGCUUGUCCUCACAGCACACAAUAGAAACAGAACUGACCGUCAGAUAUAUAUAUAUAUACAUAUACAAACUACAAGUUCUCUGACCUAAAUAAAGUUGUAUUUAAUGUGGGUCAUGCCGUGGAGUGGUCUGUUUUAUCUUUUCACAUUCUUUUGUUUCAGUGUCAUGUUGAUGAUAUAGCAUAAGGAUGAUAUGAUGGCAUUAAUUGUGGUUUCCGACAUUCAAAAAAUCAAUAAAGUACACAAAAGAACGUAUCACUUCAA